AUGGUUUCGCUCUUUGAAAUUUGCCAACAGAAACCACUAUGGGAGCACCUUACUACUGGGCUCCCGACAUUAGAUCAAGUUCUUGAAUACCAGACUGAUGGCAUCUUUGAUUUCCAAUCGGUACCGACCAACAGCGCUAUGUAUGCUGUCGUGUGCAAUCUCAUAGUCAGCCAUUUGCAAGCAGGGGAAACGAAAAGAGUCGUCAUAAUAGAGACCUUGAACCCUUUCCCGUGGGAGAUUCUCCAUCUGCAUCCAAACUUCAAGCCGCAAUGGCAGUCCCGCAUCGAAACAUUCUCAUUGUCGUCAUUCCCUCAGCUUUUCGCUUUUCUCAAGCUUGAAGAUCUCCAACCGAUCAUGGCAGGUUCCAUAUUGGCAUUCAUAACGAAUUUUCAUGAGCUCAUCGAGCAUUACAGGCUCCAGAUCUCUGCAUCAUAUGAGGAAAGUCUCCUUAAACAUCAAAUCGAGAAAAAUGGAGUCGUAAUCGAUAAAAUGGAACAGGCUGUGGAAGAAGGGUUUUCUCUGUUAGACUUGCCAGAAUUACCAGAAAAAUCUUCUCUCUUGCGAAAAAAUCCAAUAUUGAAAGCACAAGAUCAUAUUACUCAACUUUUUAAGGAGCUUGGAGAAUUCGUCUACAAGCAUACUUGUAUGGUCGUGCUCAUUGGGCAUUUGGAGCCACAAUAUAAGGCAUAUUCGAAGAAGAGGUCGUCGACUGUAAUGGACUCAAGUCAAUCUCAAAUCUCACUUUCACUGUCGAAUGGAUCUUCGUUCUAUUCUGAUCGACGUUUAGUUUUGGCUCCGGUAUCUUUUGGAAGGCCCGGUUCUGGAGAAGAGAGACGAACUAGGGUAUGGGAUGUGAAUGAUAGCAAGAUAACUAGUCGGCUUGUUUUCUAUCACGACUGGUUCUACAAUAGCCCCAUGUUUUUGAGCAGAAAGCGACCCGCACUAUCAAAGGAACAUUAUCUUGUCUCGGUAGUUAAAGUUACCCAUCUUGCUGGUGUGGGGAAUAUUUAUGAUCCGAUUUUUUUUGACUUCCAGCAUAAUUACGAAAUCGAGGAUUCUGAUCUGAAUGAGAAUUGCUUAAUUGAUCUACUGGCCCAAAAUACGGGCGAUCUUUCCGCAUUGAUACAAGACUCUCUUUACAUGACGCAAACAUUACCUAAAGCAGUGUCAACGCAGAUCGAAAUUUCCGUGCCUAUUCCAUCCUCUCUUCCUAUUAGCAAAUCCCAAUCAGAAGUUACAGAGCCCUUCUCUAGCGGAGAAACCGAGAGGUCGGAUAUGUAUCGCGACUCUCAGCUGGUAAUUGAAGCCUCCGACGUCGAACUGACAGGAACUCUACUAGAGGAUUUAGAGACCUAUAAUUAA